CUAAUUGCCAGUAGGAUGUGGGUCGCUUGGUUGGCAGUAAUCUUCUCACUUGAGAUAUUCAGCGUGGCAUUUGCAAAGCCCAACGUUCUUGUGUUUCUUGUGGAUGACCUUGGAAUCGCUGAUCUGGGCUGCUUCGGCAACGAUACGAUGAAAACUCCGAAUAUCGAUCGCUUGGCUGAACAAGGAGCUCGUCUGCAACAUGAUGUAACGCCAGAUUCUAUCUGCACGCCAAACAGGGCAGCAUUUCUAACAGGAAGAUAUCCCAUUCGGUCAGGACUGGCUUCAGAUCAGAAACAAAUAAGAGUGUUCAUUUUUUCUGCUUCCUCUGGCGGUCUGCCUCAAAAUGAAACAACAUUCGCCGAGAUUGCAUCUGCUGCUGGCUACAAAACAGGUAUGAUUGGAAAAUGGCAUCUGGGACUGCAUUCCUCGACAAGCUCUGAUUUUCACUACCACCCACUAAGGCAAGGUUUUCACUAUUACUAUGGUCUGCCUCUUACCAACUUGAGAGACUGUGAGCCUGGGAGUUUUGUUAUAGAGCACAUCAUCCCAGGCUUCAGACCCACAAAUAUCCUAAUUGCAGCAACAAUUAUUGGAUUAACACUACACAUCUGCUACCUAAACAGUUUGAUAAGCAAGUCAGUUUUCUUUUCCUUACUUACAAUAACUGUUUUUAUUUGUUUCACACUAUCGGCGGGCCUGAUCAUUCUUGCAGGAUUCAACUGCUUUCUGAUGAAAAACUUUGAAGUUAUAGAGCAACCAGUUGUUCUAGAAAAUCUAACAGCACGGUUUACUGAUGAAGCAGUGAACUUCAUCCAUAAGAACAAAGACAACCCCUUUCUCCUUUUCAUGUCAUUUGCCAAAGUGCAUACAGCUUUGUUCACUACAAAGCCAUUUGCUGAUCACAGUGUUCAUGGUCGUUAUGGUGACAAUGUAGAGGAAAUGGAUUGGAGUGUGGGUCAGAUCAUGGCUUCUUUAGAGGAACUAGGUUUGAGGGAAAACACAUUUGUGUAUUUCACAUCUGAUAAUGGACCUCAUUUAGAAGAAAUAAGUCCAUCUGGGGAUUACCAUAGUGGAUGGAAGGGUAUUUACAAAGGAGGCAAAGGGCAAUGUUGGGAUGGUGGUGUGAGGAUGCCUACAAUAGCGUCAUGGCCAGGUCACAUUCCAGCUGGGAUCUCAAUUGAUCAGCUCACCAGUUCUAUGGACUUAUUACCCACAGUUGCCAAACUAACCGGCACAGACCUUCCACAGGACAGAGUUAUUGACGGAAAAGAUCUCUUACCGCUAUUGACGAACCAGACAGAGGAAUCUUCCCAUGAAUUUAUUUUCCAUUACUGUGGAAAUCAGGUCCAUGCUGUUCGUUAUCAUCCAAAGGACAGUGACAUUGUUUGGAAGGCACACUUUAUGACGGCUAAAUGGACUGAGGGAACUGAAAUGUGUAGUGGGCGUGGUAUUUGCGGCUGUCAUGGACAUCUUGUCGAAGUUCAAAAUCCACCUCUUCUCUACGAUAUGACAGAUGAUCCCGCAGAGAGUUCGCCACUUGCUUCAAACAGUCCAGAUUACAAGGCGGUUAUGGAAAAUAUUUACCUGGCUUUAAAAACACAUAUUAGAGGAAUUCAUAAUGUCCCUGGUCAGUUGGGUUAUAAAAAUAUGUUUUACCCAAGAUUACAAAUGUGUUGUAAUUUUCCUUACUGUAGUUGUAAGGAGAAAGACGGACAACUGGAACAUUUUCCUGAAAACGUAUGAGGCUUUAUUUUAGAUAAACUGAAAAUAAUAGGUUAUUUAUCUGAUUUCAAGAGUUUUAUUAUUGGCGAAUGAAUCUAUUAUUUUUGCGUUCAUUUUCAAAUGUUGUAUGUCUUGAUUUUGAAUGACAUGUAAUGAUGGCGCUGAAGUACUAUCGACUAUUGGUAACUGGAUUUAUUGGGAGUUCGUGUCACCGGAAGUUCGUGUAAUGGCAAAAUCGUGUCUUCGGGAGUUCGCGUUACGGCAAAAUCGCGUGAACCAAUCAAUCAAUCAUUUUAUCUAGUGAUGCAGGUUACAAAAGCGGCAGCCAUGAGGCUGAUGUGGACCUACAAUUAA